ACAGAGUUUGUCCAAAAACCAAGAGUAAGGACACAUAACUUUAGACUGGUUCAAGCUCACGAAAGAGGCUCAGGAAAAGUACGAUGAAAACCAUACAAGAAGGGGACGAGAGUGAAGCAAAGGAAGAAGCAACUAACAAACUACAGGUAGUUAGAAAAGAGAGUACGACCCGCAACAUGAGAGACUCAGUGGGACAUGAGGACUUUGAAGAAUUUGUCUUGAAUUUUGAGGAUUAUGAUUUGUGGGAGUCGAUAAAAACCCACCUCACCCAUCCAGAGAGAGACAAUGAUUUUUUGAACUUGGAAGACUCUCCAGCUUUACGUAGGCAGCUGGUAACAAAAAACCGUGUAAGCAGAAAAGAAGCCACCAUUGUCACCCCACAAGUGAACUGGACUAAGAAAAAAUCUGAUCGGAAAGGACCCCAUGAGGUGUUUGUGGAGCUUAAUGAGCUGGUAUCUGAGGGGGUACAUGACAUGCAGUGGAAGGAGACAGCUCGAUGGAUAAAAUUUGAGGAGGAUGUGGAACAGGACACAGCUCGCUGGGGCAAACCUCAUGUGGCUUCUCUGUCAUUCCGAAGCCUGCUGGAACUCAGGAAGACCAUUGCCCAUGGAGCUGUCCUACUGGACUUGGAUCAAACCACCAUGCCAGGAAUCGCCCAGAUGAUUGUAGAGACAAUGGCCGUUUCUGAGCAGAUCAGAGCUAUUGAUCGUGCCAAUGUUCUCCGGUCACUUAUGCUGAAGCACAGCCACCCCAAUGACGGAAGAGAUUCCCACCAUCCUCGUAACAGUACCACUUCUGGUGUCGGCAACCAUGUCACCACCAAUAGCCCAUCCAAAGAAACCAACACCCAUAAUGCUCAUAAUGACCCUGACAACAAGCAGAAAACGCUGAAUGGUCCAGAUGGUCAUCGUUUAAAACACUGGAAACUCAUGGAGAAGAUCCCGGAGCAUGCAGAGGCCACUGUUGUCCUCGUGGGUUGCGUGGACUUUCUGGCCAAUCCAGCCAUGGCAUUUGUGCGACUUAGCGAGGCUGUGCUGCUUGAGUCUGUGCUAGAAGUGCCAGUUCCAGUGCGUUUCCUGUUUGUUUUACUUGGUCCCAUGCAGGCUAACAUGGAUUACCAUGAGAUUGGGCGUUCCAUUUCUACCCUCAUGUCAGACACAGUAUUUCAUGAAGUCGCAUACAUGGCAGCUGAACGCCAGGAUCUCCUGAAUGCCAUCAAUGAGUUUCUUGAUUGCAGUAUGGUCCUACCCCCUUGCGAGAUGCAGGGCAAGGAUCUUCUCCGUUCUAUUGCCACCUUCCAGAAGGACCUUCUGAGGAAAAGAAAGGAACGGGAACAGCGACGAUCCACUAGGGAAAAUGAAGCUCCCAAACUUAAAGGACAACAGACAGUAGCCAAUCUAAUAAAACCUGAUAAUGAUGAUGAAGAUGAUGACGAUGAUGAUGAAGACAGCGAGUUAGAUCCAUUGGAACGCUCAGGUUUUCUGUUUGGAGGUCUAGUACGGGAUAUACGCCGGCGAUACGUGAGAUACUGGAGUGAUAUCAAAGAUGGUCUUAACAGCCAGUGUUUUGCAGCCGCUCUCUUCAUCUACUUUGCAGCUUUGUCUCCAGCCAUCACCUUUGGUGGUCUCUUAGGAGAGAAGACACAAGGGUUGAUGGGCGUGUCCGAGCUGAUAGUGUCCACCUCCGUGCUGGGGGUCAUCUUUUCCCUUCUUGCUGCUCAGCCAUUGCUUAUUAUUGGAUUUUCUGGUCCUCUUCUUGUCUUUGAAGAAGCAUUUUUUAAGUUCUGCCAGCUUCAGGACAUAGAGUACCUUACUGGCCGGGUGUGGAUUGGGUUCUGGCUGCUCCUGUUUGUCCUGGGGAUGGUUGCAGCCGAGGGGAGUUUCCUGGUCCGUUACAUCUCUCCAUUCACACAGGAGAUCUUUGCUUUCCUCAUCUCUCUCAUCUUUAUCAAUGAGACUUUCUACAAGUUAUAUAAGGUCUUCACAGAUCACCCUUUGCUGAGGACGUACCCCUCUGGGGGGCCAGGAAGUCGUACAGCUCAACUGGGUCCACGCAUGCAACCGAACACGGCUCUCCUCUCGCUUAUCCUAAUGUCAGGAACUUUCCUUAUUGCCUUCUUCCUGCGGAAAUUCAAGAACAGUCGCUUUCUUGGAGGAAAGGCACGGCGAGUUAUUGGAGACUUUGGGAUUCCUAUAUCAAUCCUAGUAAUGGUCCUAAUUGAUUACACAAUAACUGACACAUACACACAGAAACUUAAUGUUCCAUCGGGUCUGUCUGUCACCUCUCCAGGAAAACGGGGGUGGUUUGUACAUCCUAUGGGGACAUCGAGCCCGUUCCCCCUGUGGAUGAUAUUUGCAUCAGCUAUUCCAGCACUUCUAGUUUUUAUCCUCAUCUUUAUGGAGACUCAGAUCACAACUCUCAUUGUCAGCAGGAAGGAGAGGCGUCUGCAGAAGGGCAGUGGGUUCCACCUGGAUCUCCUCCUGAUAGGCUUCCUGGGAGGACUUUGUGCUCUUUUUGGGCUACCCUGGCUUACUGCGACCACAGUGCGCUCUGUCACUCACGUUAACGCCCUGACUCUAAUGAGCAAAACAGCACCAGGAGAGAGGCCGAGGAUCUCUGAGGUCAAGGAGCAGCGAGUAACGGGAGUACUGAUUGCCAUUUUAGUCGGACUCUCCAUAGUCAUGGGGGAGAUGUUGCGUCAGAUCCCACUGGCUGUUUUGUUUGGGAUUUUUCUAUACAUGGGGGUGACGUCCCUCAGUGGGAUCCAACUGUUUGAGCGACUUCUCCUCAUCCUUAUGCACCCCAAACAUCACCCGGAGCACCCCUAUGUGGUGAAGGUGUGCACAUGGCGUAUGCAUCUGUUCACCUGCGUCCAGCUUUCCUGCAUUGUGCUACUGUGGGUAGUGAAGUCUUCGCCAGCAUCACUAGCCUUCCCGUUUCUUCUCAUCCUCACCGUUCCACUGAGACGUUUCGUCCUGCCAAGGUUUUUCCACGAGAGAGAACUUAAGGCUCUAGAUUCUGAAGAUGUUGAACCAAACUUUGAUGAAGACGGCCAAGAUGAAUACAAUGAGCUGCAUAUGCCUGUCUGAGACUUGUCCCUGAUGCCAUAUCUGUCUGUUGACUCCAUACUUCCAUAGAUCCAGUGGUCUCACCUUCCAUUUUUACUUUGAACCUGUUCUACAUCUCCUUGGUAUUGGCAUAUAUUAAUUCAACAUGAUCAGCCUUGUACUGUUCUCUGUGUUCCACUGUAUAUAUGUCCCACCACAUUCAGAAACAUCAGUGUGCUCAGGUAACAAAGGUCAUUAAAACAACUGAGUCUGA